CAACUUUAAACUUCAUGGAGACAGACACGGUUGACACUCGGCGACGAUUGAUUAUUGUCCUUGAAAAUGCUUCAUUAGAAGCAGCAAGAUUAAACCCUUACCGAUAUGACUCUAAAAUGCAACUGCUCAACUGCGAUGAACAUCAAUCAAUUCUAAAACGACUGGGUCGAGACAUUGCCGAUGCGCGACCUGAUAUUGUUCACCAGUGUCUCCUUGCUCUCCUUGAUAGCCCUUUAAACAAGUCCGGGCACUUGGAGGUAUACAUCCACACAGCCAAGGGCGUAGUCAUUCGGAUCAAUCCCGAGUGCCGUAUACCAAGAACUAUCAAGCGAUUUUCAGGCUUGAUGGUACAAUUAUUGGAAAAGGGCUGCAUUGUUAGCGACUCUGAAGGUACAAACAAGCUUCUUGAAAUUGUUCCCCCUCCCGUAACAAGCUACCUUCCAUCAAACGCCCGGAAAAUAGCCUUGUCAUGGAACUCGGAAAAAGUGAGAUUGUAUGACUACUUUAAGAAGAAUUCAGGUGAUGGACCUGUCGUGGUUGCUGUGGGUGCAAUGGCAAAGGGUGCCGACACGUUUGCUGACUCCUACGUAGAAGACAAAAUCGGUAUAUCGGACUACUCACUCUCGGCUUCAGUUGCAUGCAGCAAGGUGUGCUGCGCGUUGGAAGACCUUUGGGAUAUCAUGUGAAUAGCAAUAAAAAACCAACCGGCAUACGCACACACUUAGGCAUUUUUUAGCAGAGAAUAUCUGUGGAUGACAGAUUGUCUAUCAGAUAGUCUCAUAAAGGAAAAGUGGAAGACUCUCUUGUUGGAAAAUUGUGGUUGCUUCUUACUGCACAAGAAGCAUGGGACAUAAAUGGCAGCAUUACAAGGAGUGCUAACUACUAGGUUAGCAUUUUAAAUGGAUUGAACAAAGAUCAGUUGCAUAUCGCGAUAACGUCUCUUUGUAUAAAUUAUAGACAAUGGGAUGGGGGAUUUGGCACCUUUGAAAAAUGCGCCACUGAGCAGAAACGCACGAAUACUGUUUUAGGAGUCUAUUGAGCUUUUGCAAAAUUAGAAUUGAUAUCUAUUUAUAC